AGCAUAGUCAUUUUAUUGCGCUGCUGGUGGCUUGUCCACCGGGACAAGAGGCAGCCCGACACGCGCUCCUUAUGGUUCCGCAUAUUCUGAGCCCUCCUCCUACUAAAAAGAGCGGCUCGGCCGAGGCCGGGCCCUCGCCGACUCCAGGCCCGCGCGUGGCUGAGGGCGGGGGCGUUUCUGAAGGAACGAACUAUAGUGACGGAGGCGGCGGGCAUUGUUGAGGUAAUUCAACCAAGCGACGUGGGGCGGGGCUGUGGAGGGGAGGCCGUUUUGGUGUUUCGUUUUGUUUUACUAAUUUCGGGAAAGCUAAAAGGGAAGAGGAGACGCGGGAGGAGUAGCCGGGCCCGGCUCCCCUCUCUCUCUGAGGACAAGAGAGCGGCGAAAGAUGCCCUCAAGGCGGGCAAGCGAGCCGCCGGCGUCGCCGUUGCCAUGGCGCCCGUUGCGCGUAGUGGUUGGCGGAGCGGGCCGCGCCGCGGGGACCGCUGGGAGCAGAGCAGGCGCUGCGAGUUUCAAAGCGGCGGCCUCAGGUAGAACGGCCGAUCUCUCGGCGUCGCUGUCCUCGGGGCGGUUGGGGAGAGAGCGCGGCAGCGGCGGCGCGGCCUUGGGGGAGGGAGGUGCGGCCAAAGGCCGGGGGGCCUCGGAAGGAUGGAGGGCGGGCCGAGCAAGGCCUAGUAGUUGGUCCCUGGGGAGCUGAGGAGGUGGGAACAAAGAGGUUGAGUCCGGAGCUCCCUCAGGUGCGGAAGGCGGUCUUGGAGAAAUGCCCGCCGCUCAUUCUCACGUUCCUUCCUAGCAGGUCCGUGUCAGCGCCAUGCCCACCUCCGUGCCCCCAAGUAGCAGGCGGGGGGCAGCCUAUUCCACCCCACCCUCCCCUGCUAGCUCCGACGACGAGGGGGCCGGCAAGUCUUCCUCUUUCUCCCUGAUCUCUCCGAGUUUCCACCGAGGUUUCCACCGAGCGAGGCAGGAGGAAGAGGCAACAUCAGCUAGCAGGGGAUCAGGCAUCCCUCAAAGGAUUAAACAGCAUAGGUAACGUGUCGCCCACCCGGGCUGCAGCUCUUAGGCCCUGCUCAAGUGGCUUUGGAUUAUUCCGUUGCUCAGUAUGUUUACAUACAAUAGACCUGCAACUUACACGCGUUUCGCUUGUGCACUUUCAGCUGUAGGCGCUUGAGGAAAAAAUUAGAAAGGGGGCGGCUGCCCGGGGAAAAUUUGGCAGCCCCACCUGCUAUCGCACCCAAUGUGUUUUGACUAUAUUGAUUUUGGCGUUAUGCGCUAUUGUCAAAACAUAACCCCCAUGUAAGCCACGGGUCUGCUGUACUUAUUGCUGUUGCUGUUUAGUCGUGUCCGACUCUUCAUGACCCCAUGGACCAGAGCACGCCAGGCACUCCUGUCUUCCACUGCCUCCCGCAGUUUGGUCAGGCUCAUGUUUGUAGCUUCGAGAACACUGUCCAACCAUCUCGUCCUCUGUCGUCCCCUUCUCCUUGUGCCCUCAAUCUUUCCCAACAUCAGGGUCUUUUCCAGGGAGUCUUCUCAUGAGGUGGCCAAAGUAUUGGAGCCUCAGCUUCACGAUCUGUCCUUCCAGUGAGCACUCAGGGCUAAUUUCCUUAAGAAUGGAUGCAUUUGAUCUUCUUGCAGUCCAUGGGACUCUCAAGAGUCUCCUCCAGCACCAUAAUUCAAAAGCAUCAAUUAUUCGGCGAUCAGCCUUCUUUAUGGUCCAGCUCUCACUUCCAUACAUCACUACUGGGAAAACCAUGGCUUUAACUAUACGAACCUUUGUUGGCAAGGUGCUGUACUUAUUGCUUAAUACCAAAGACAGUCCCUGCGUGUUUACUAAACAGCAAAUGCAAUCUGUGCAGCAAUGAAACUGAGAUACUACAGUAUAAUACGGUGCAAUAUCACAUAAAACUACAGUACUGUGCAAUAAAGCAAUACAAGCCUUUAAAUAUCUCUGCCUUGAACCCACUAGAAUAGCAACCCCUUUUGAACUGUAUAUCAUACCGACAUGAAAAGUGUUCUACAUGCAGAAUUCCCUCGGAUUGUGGUUGGCAGUCUCGACACAUGGGUUGCACAACUAGGGAUUUGUGGCACGACAGGAGCUGGAGGAUCUGUGGAGCUGGCUAUGAUGUAGCCAGAUGUCACCUUCCUGUCCGGGUGGUCAAUAGACUACAGGCAAAAUCAGACAAGGCACUGGGGCCUUCUGUGUACCUUAAUUCAUUUUGGACUAGUAUUAUCUUGUGCUUUGCCUUAUAGCAUACUGGUCAAAAAACUGAUCACUGUGGAUUUACAUAGAUGUUGCAUACUACAUUCUACAUAAAAAUGCAUUAUGUAUACAAUAGUUGUGCUUGAAAUUGUUCUUUUAGUGUUAGUGCAGACCUCCCUUGUUAUUCAUAAUAAGGAAAGCAGCCUGAAACAGAUGUGGGCUGUGAGAAAGCAUGUGUGAGUAGAAGUAGAUUUGGUUUGCUGAGGCUUAAAUUCAAGCCCAUGCUUCAUCCUGUUCUUAUGGACCUCUCAUAAAAUAAGACAAAUGCUUAUUACUUUAAAAUUGUAAGAAGCAGUAACUGAAAAAGGAUUCAGUCUUUACUUCUGAGUAAGGAAUAUGCACCAAUUUUGAUGCAUUCAUGCCCUUCAUAUUUGACAAACGGUGUAUUUGUUUAAUACUUUAGCAUUCAUAACCAGGUGCAAAUGUAAAGCUCACUUGAAUUUAGGCAAGUUGUGAUCUCUCAGCCUAAUCAACUUCAGGAGGCUGUUAAGAAUUGUAGAACAGCAAAGAAAAUACUGUAACGGAAAAAUACAUAUAAAUUAAACAUGGAUAGUUUCGUUUGUUACACUUUUGGUCAUACAGUGGUACCUCUGGUUACGUACUUAAUUCGUUCCGGAGGUCUGUUCUUAACCAGAAACUGUUCUUAACCUGAAGCACCACUUUAGCUAAUGGGGCCUCCCGCUGCCGCCGCAUCGCCACCACGUGAUUUCUGUUCUCAUCCUGAAGCAAAGUUCUUAACCCGAGGUACUAUUUCUGGGUUAGCGGAGGCUGUAACCUGAAGUGUAUGUAACCUGAAGCGUAUGUAACCCAAGGUACCACUGUAUACCUGUUUGGGCUCUUAUUAAGCCACAGAAAGCCUGGGUAUUAAAAUAAUAGAAAGCAACAAGACCUCCAUUCAAGGCUGGCAUGAAGAAAUAGUGAACCUGGCAUCUUAUUUAAAUUUCCCCCCCAACAUUUAUAUACCACUUGAUUGUAAUGAAACUUGAGUUGACAAAAACAGUAAAAGUAUCAGUAAAAAUAAAUAUUUAAAAUAUUCAAAGAAUGAUUAAAAUCAGCAAUAAGAUAAAACCAGAUUAAAACACCCAGCUAGUAUGUUAACUGCAAAUAGUAAUAUUUAGUAAUUCUUUCUCUUAUCCUCCCUCCAAAAAACCCUGUAGGAAAUAUUGCUAAAGAUAUCUGAGUGUUCCUGGUCUAAGUUCCAUUACAUAUUAACACCAUACCCCUAAGCACAUUUGCUCAGAAGUAAUCUCAGGGAAAGAUGGACUAAGAUCUUUUAAAAUUUAAAAAUGCUAUGAGACACCAGUGCCUCAUUUUUUUCUAUUUAAAAACUAAGCUAAAAUAGUAAAUAUUUAUUUAACUCUUCUAGUAUAUUGGUAUUAGAAAGUCUGUCAAAAUGAAUCUUAGUCCGGGCAUUAGUGAGAGUAUUGUAUUUUCUAUGGCAUGUUUAUAUCAACAUUUUGAUCUUCGACACAGAAUAGCUUUGAUCUUGAACAUACUUUCUCAUACUUCUGAAAUAUUAGUUCAGUGUACAGUGUAUGUUAAAUGGGUAAUAUAAUAUGUUGCUGAUUUGUAGGCCUCAUUAAGUAGUUUGUCUAGUUGACUAAUUAUUAAAUAUAUUAGAUUUGAAAAAUAAAUUCAUAAAUUGUGACUCUUUUAGAAAACACAGGAAUAUGAAUACACUGGCUAUUUCAAAAAGAGCCCAGUGACUUUCAGUAACAUUUUGAUGUAGAAACCUUGCCAAGCAAUGCUACAUUAUGUAGACAUAGCCCACCUUGCUAUGUCACAAAGCCCCCAGUUAGUACGUUAUAGCUCAGAUAAUCCUGAGUAUUGUAUGUGUGUGUAGCUUGUCACAUAAAACUGAAUUUAGUUAUUUAAGAACUAUAUUCAUAAAUUGAAAGUCUUUAUAUGUGAGAUUAUACCAUAAAUGUAAUUAUUUAAUGAUAUCUGAUUCCCACCCAUCCCCAGGCCUUAAUGGUUAAUUAUCUGGUUUAGUGAACAGGUUGCAGUCCUGAAAUGCAUUUUUCUGUGCUGCUUUUGAUAGGCUUUCCUCACUGUGCCUACCAGUGUCAAAUAGCUUCUUAGGUUCAAGCUACAUCUUAACAACUAUGCAAGUCAAUUUCAGUCUCUUUGUAUAAGUGAAAUGAGGCUCUGUGAUUACAAGUUUCAACAGAGGAAUAUAUUUCCCUUCUUACUGCUCAAGUUGUUCUCCAGCUGCUUUUCUCCCCUUGGGGAGAGGAUUUUAAACAGAAACACAGCAGAGAGGAUUAAUCAGUGUCUUUCUUUCCACCUUCCCAUUUUGCUCCUCCCCAGCCUCUAAUUGUGGCGUUUAAUAUAAAAGUCAAGAGACCAGUUGCAUUUCCAUACUGUAUUUUACUUUGGUUUUAUGGUUUUAUUUUGUACUUUAAUAUUAUUGUAUGUCAUUUAGAGAGCUUUGCUGUUGUGCAUCAUAAACAUGCUUUUAACUAAGAAUAAUAUUGAUACAGUUGUUAAAAUAAUGUUAAACUGUACACUCUAGAUGGUGCUGCCUUUGAUAAUGGUUUGGAAACUGUAGUUAGUACAAGUUCGGAAUGUGGUAUUUACAUUCUUAACUGAGACUUUGUGUUAUGAUACUUGUAGGCAAGUGUCAGGCAACUGCCAUCAGUGCCGGAGGGAGAAAGCAAAAUCCAGGGGGAUUCCGGAGAGCAUCCCGGGAGUGGGAGAGGCAGCCCAUCUUCUGGGGAAGAGAAUCAGCGUAGCACCAGUGGAGAAGUGGGGCAGAUGGGGGAAGCGGCGAGGCGGUCCCAUGACUCCUUGCCGGGGACCAGCGGGGAGAGUAGAGGUCCUCCGCUGCCUACGCCCUCCUUGCGCAGGAGGCUUUCGCGCAGAGAGAGUAGGAGGAGACUAGGCGUCAAAGAGCUUCUUUGCUGGAAGAAGUUUAAGAAACGCCCACUGACGGAUUUUGCCAGCGAUUGAGACAGCCACGGGUGAGUGGCUGUCUGGACAGAACAGGUUCACUCAGGCAACCCAGCCAGGUGUUUGCACCGGCUUACGCACGAGCAACCCCUAGAACCAUUACAGCAAGUAUUAAUCAGGUUGUAUUGUUUACUGGUCCAUAUCUGGGCCCAGUUUUUGGUACUGGUCUUGACUUUUGAAGCUCUUCACAACUUAGGAUCAGGAUCAGACUGAUUGAAAACUAUAUUGUCUCCAUGUGGACUGUUUACUUGUGCUUUAAGAUCUUCAGUAGAUGGUAUUAUGUCAGUGUCCAGCUGUCUGAGGCAUAGUGAUGGCUUUCAGGAGAUGGCCUUCUUUGUAGUGGGUCCAUAAUCUAAUGGUCUCCUCAAAGAAGCUCACCUAGUGCCUACUUCUUUGUCGUUUCAGCAUGCGGCCAAAGUCCUUUUAUCUUUCUAUAUCUUCUAGUCAAAACCAUAGUCCUUCAGAUGUUUUUUACUUGGUACCUUUUAAUUCUACUGUUUUUCCACUGCUGGAAUACUUUGUAGGUUAACUGUUUUUGUGUUUUUAAAUAUAAUCUUUCAGACAUUUUUAUUAAAGGACAUUAUAAAAGUAUCUUAAAUAUUAUACUUUGGUCCUUGUACUUCAAUGAAUUUUAAAAUUAGUUUGUCAGUUUUAGGAAUUGCUUCCAAGCAUACUGUACAAAAGAGGAAGAUGUACAUAAUAAGAUAUCCUUGAUACCAUUAGCUAGAAAAUGGCAUUCCCAUAAAACACUGUCUAAUUUGGUACCUGUCACUUCACAGUGCAGACCAUUUUAAAGAUACAAAAAGGAAAAAUCGGCCAAUUGUGGAAGAAAAUCUCUCGCCAUGGGAAGAGUGGUUCCUUUCCAAAGAGAAAGAGUUACGUGCUCGACUACAAGAACGAGCUAUGAAGGUGAAUACUUAAUGUAAUUUACAUUUGACAGCAGAUUGCCAGGCACCAAAAUGUACAUUUCCCGUAUUAUUUGUGAAAAACAGAUUUGGAUGAUUUAUAUUGCUCCAUAUAUUGUUAACUGAAGCCAUUCACUGGGUGUUGCCACUGUCACAUGCUGACAGCUUUUAGGAGCAACAGCUGAGAACUGAUUGUGGGGUGGGGUGGAUGAGGACCAAUGAUGGGCAAACUACUCAGAAAAAGCACAACAUGUCUCCCACCAGAGAUACCACUGUUAAAGACAACUUUGGCCCUUUAUACAUGAAGAAGUGUCUCCAGCCCCAUCAUUCCCCCUGUGGAAUUCCCUCCCAUCAGAUGUCAAGGAAAUAAAAAACUAUCUGACUUUUAAAAGACACCUGAAGGCAGCCCUGUAUGGAGAAGGGCUGUUUGAUGUUUUACUGUGCUUGAUAUUUUAAUUUAUUGGAAGCUGCCCAGAGUGGCUGGGGCAAACCAGUCAGAUGGGUGGAAAAAUAAUAAUAAUAAUAGUAGUAGUAAAGUUUUGUUGUUGUUAUUAUAGGAGGUGAAUCAGGAAAAGGAGAAAAGGAGGGAAAAACAGGAACGCGAAAUUAAAAAAAAGCUGGCUGAAGAGAAGCACAAAGAAUGGGUCCAGAAAAAAAAUGAAGAGGUGAAAAGGGUGAAGAAUUCCAUAGCUUUUUUUCUUAAAUAAUGUCUUACAUUUUUCACAUAGCCAGUUAUUUCCUUUUUAUGUGUACUUGGCCUGGUCUAGGAAUAACAUAAAUUACCAAGCUAUCAUAAAGACUGUUGGAUUUCAUGCUAAUACAGAUAUUUUUCCCCACAUUUUUUUAAAAGUUCAACAGGAAUGAAUCGCUUACUUAGUCUACAGGGGUCUGUGCUUAAAGCUUGACACCUAUAAUGUCAGCGGCAGUAAUUAAUACAAGUUUAUUAAAUGGCAGAAUAUCUGAGCAAUCCUACAAAUGUCUAUUCAAAAGAAAGUUCCAUUAAAUGGCACUAAUUCCCAAGACUGGGUUGAGGACUGUAGCCUUAGUAUUCUUCUAGCUAUUUUUAAUAUCAGUAGGCACAUCAGUCCUAUUCCAUUCUGUCCACUUUCAGCAUGGAAGCAGACUUAAAUAUACUCCAUCUUGUUUCUAUACAGAAAACAAAACUACUCAUAGGGUGGUCCAGGGGCUACCUCUGAGUCUGUUUUCAAUUUUAAAGGUAAUUCCAAGUAGGGAAGCCAUUAUUUAUACAGUCUCCCUGAGAGUGAUGGCAUGUCAUAAAUUCUGAUGACUCCCAGUUUUGCCAUUUGCAAUGCACAACAGCAGGAGAGGAUGCUCAUGUUCCAGAUGCUAUUCAGGUGGCUGGAAUUACCAUUAAAAAAUGAAAAUAGACUCGGAAGCAGCCCUCAAACCCAUCCUGUUGUGGAACCUGUAGGAAUGUGGACUCCAAAUCCAGUCUGCUUAUUGGUCCAGGUGGUUCACAUCAGGUGAGUCUGCUUCAAAACCAGUUUGCCAAUUCCACUCCAUACCUCCUUUUGAAUAAUGAAAAGUUAUAUUAGACUGGUAUUGUGUCUUGUUGAGAUUCAGAGUAGUCUUACUGUAGAUAUUCAAAACAGAUUAAAAGCAUACUGGUUUUGAGAAUAUGUAUGCUAAUACUAAAUAGUCACCAGGUCACAAACCUUAUUUUAGUACAUACCGUAUUUUUCGCCCUAUAGGACGCAUUUUCCCCCUCCAAAAAUGAAGGGGAAAUGUGUGUGCGUCCUAUGGGGCGAAUGCAGGCUUUCGUUGAAGCCUGGAGAGCGAGAGGGGUCGGUGCGCACCGACCCCUCUCGCUCUCCAGGCUUCAGGAGAGCUCCACCGCCAGCCCCACAAGCUCGGGGGACAGCGGGGAGGCGCAGCACCCCAUCCCGCUGUCUCCCGACGUGGUUUGGAGGCUGGCGGAGGGCUUCCCCCUCCCCUAGCCGCAAGCUCCCAGAGUGAUGCUGAAGCUGCCCGCAGCUUCGGCAUCGCUCUGGGACCCGUUCUGGGGGUUGGGGUUGAGGAAGCUCGGGCUUCCCCCGCCCCAGCCCCGCGCCUGGGGGGGGGGGGGGGAAUAAAUUUUUUUCUUUAUUCCCCCCCCCCAAAAAAAAUCUAGGUGCAUCCUAUGGGCCGGUGCGUCCUAUAGGGCGAAAAAUACGGUACUUUAUUCUAUAGAUCUGCAGAGCUAAAGGAACGUUUGUCCUUUCAGUCCACCACUUCCUCACCAUAUGCAAGAACGAAAAGGUUUUGGCAUAACAUUAUUUAAAUAAAUUAUAAGCUUGUCCUUUGAAGCAAAGUGUGGUAGUUUGAGACUAGAAUCAAUUAGACUGACCAAGUGAAAAAUGUUAACUCUUGCAGGGUAAAGUCCAGGGUAAAAAAUUAGUUCAGUUUGAAAGUAGAUGAGCUUAGGUUAAUAUACUCUUUGCAUGUUGUAUUUUAUCUUGGUGGCUAGCCAUUUCAGGCAACAUUGUGUGGAAAUGUGGGAUAUACAUUUAAAUAAUAAAUCAGUAAUAAUACCUACAGCAGCACAAGUACAGAAAUGUUUGUAAAGAAGCACCUUAUGAAUAGGUGCUCCAAUUUUAUUGCUUCCUAAGCUGACAUCACCAGCUCACAGAGGAGGUUGACAGUGAUGUGGGAAGUAACCACUGCUCCUUCAGAGUUUCAUGUGGUACUCCUUUGCAAUGAUUCACUAGUGGCAUGUGAUUGGACCAUGCUACAUCAGAUCCCAGCAGAUCUGCAUACCAGUUGCUGGAAACCACAGGAGGGGAGGUUGCUCUUGUGUGUGCUUCCCAUGGGCAUCUGGUUGGCCACUGUGAGAACAGGAUACUGCACUAGAUAUUUUUUCCCACAGACUCUUCAUAUGUUCUUACAUGUACUUACUAGUAUCAUAGAACAGUGACAUCUGUUUAAACCAUAGUAGUAUAAACACUUCAAGCGCUGAUUUAAUUAUUGUCAAUUUGGAGAAGCUGAUACUAGCAGAUGAGGUGUACAGUGCAUGUUCAAACAGGGAAGGACAGCUGAAUGAAUUAGAAUUUCCUCAUGACAUAGAAUGGCAUCUGAAUAAAUGCCAAGCAAAAUGGUUAGCAGGAUUAUAGAAAAGGGAUAAUGACAAAGGUAUUUGGUUUAUGCAUUGCUUCAAAUCACAUUAGAGGGUGGGGUAAGUUUUGUAAAGGUUUUUCUUAAGAGAAGAAUCUUAAUACGGUCUGCUCACCCUUGAAUAUCUUGGCCCAAACUACUUUCAUCAUUUAUAAUAUAACUACCUCUCUGAGAACUCGGAGUAGUGUACAUGGUGUCAUCCCUCUCCAGCAUUGCUUGUGCAUCAGUUGGCUAGGUUGACAGCUAUUGACUCAAUCUAUCUUGGGGAGGUUCAAGGCUGAACCUGUGACUUAGCAGUUGAAGUCCCAACACUCCAGCCACUACACCAAACUUACUCUUCUUUACGUUUUGUAUAAAGGAAACUAGUAGGCACAGGAAAAUAAAUGAAAGCGUUCUUAAUGCAGUGUUGAAAUUCUUUAAAACGGUAAUGUGUAAGUCAGUGGAAUCAUUACUGUUUUAUUAAUCUGAUCUUUUUUUAUUUUCCUUAUUUAUUAAAUUUCUAUACCACCCUUCAAGGAUCACAGGGUGUUUACAAUAUAAAAAUACAUACAAUAAUAACAAACUAGCCUGGUAUAUGUAUGCAUUGCUGCUGUUUGCAAGUGCCACUGUUUGCAGUAAUGAAUGUUUGUAAAGGGUAGAAGGUAUUGUAAAGGUAUUGCAUUAUCCCCCUAUUCCUUUUAAGUUUUUGAUAGAAAUAAAGUUGAAAAGGGGUAUGCCUGCAAGCUUCAUUUGUUUGUAUUAUCUCUAAUAAUGUUCUUGGGUGGAGUAGUGGGAACUGAAGUCUUUCAUCCUAAGGAUAACUGGUAUUUUUAGAAUAAAUUAAUUUGACAGAACUCUGUGAUUGUCAAUGGCAUUAAAGGGUAUAUAAACUCAUCAGUAAUUUAAAAAAUAGAUCGUAUCACUAAUGAAGACAAGAUCAAAGCAUUUUUUCUGAGAAGCAGACUGAAAACAUAUGUGUAUUUUGAAGUGUAGGCAUGACAAAUAUGUGGCUUUCUAGUUCUUUUUAUCAGGACUAAAAACUCACUGAGGUAAUGGGCUGUCUAUACAAGUCGUAUUUUUCUCUUAACUAAUAAAUUGUGGAACAAAUAAAACUUUAAACAAUAUUUAAUAUGAUAAUAAUCAUAGAAAUAAAUAGGCAGAAUUGAACCAGGGUCUCCAUGCCAAUCACUCUGAAACAAGCCUGAGCAGUGGGAAGACCUUGAUUUAGGGCCUGACACACCCUUUUAUGUUCCAGCCUGUGUUCUGGGUUCCCCUUGGCUAAUCUGGGCAUAAGGCCCUUUUCCAAGAAAAUGUGAAGCCAAACAAUCUAGGCGGUCUCUUUCAUGAAGCAUGAGUACAUUGGCAAAUACUUAUUUCACAAACCAGUUUAUUAAUUUACAGGGAACAUAAAAACUCACAGCAUAAAAAAAAAUUACUUACACUUUUAUUGAAGAUUGUCAAAGGCAGCUAGAGCUUUCCGUUAUUUAACUGGUCCUUUUGUUUAUAGUGUCCAGAGGUUGCUGAAUGGAGUUAUCUGUAGCUGUCCAUGCUUGGCCUAGCCGCAGGUAACUCAUCUCUUCAUCUGGAUAACCAUCGACAAGCUCGUCAUAUCUCUUUCACUGUAAAAAAAACAACACAAAAAAAAAACAGCAACACACACACAAAGAAACCAUCAACUUGAGUAAUCAUAUCAAGACUUUCAUACCACCUGUGCAACAUUCAUGUGAAUCAGUAGUGUCAGUACAAUGAGAAAGCACAGUGUUUCCAGAUACCAGGAGCUAUUCACAUUUGAGCUGAAUGCUGCAAGAAGAAUGACAGAAGGCACCUAUCUGGACCAGUGAAUUACCUUUAUCUGGGUUUUACCACUUCAGUAGGUCAGGAUGCCCAUAAAUACUUAGUGUACAAGAAGAAAAAAUCUGCAAAUAGAGAACAAGGAUAUGAGGGGAAAGGGUUCUAGUCUAGUCAUUUUUUUGUAGGAGUUGUUAUUACUGCUCUCUCUUACAUGUUUUCUAUUAUUAUCUACAGGAAAAACGGGAAAGGGAACUUAAGCUCAGCAAAGAGAUGGCAGAAAAAGCAGCCAAAGAACUUGAGAGAGCACAAUCAAAGGAAAAGUCGCGAGAGAUGUAUCAGGAAUGGCUAAAGAAAAAGAAAAUGGAAGAAGGUCAGAAGAAGAAGGAAGAGAAGGUAACUUUUAUCCCAGUUUUUCAUUUGAAGAGAUGCUGAUCUGGUUUUGGUUGCUCUUAGAGGUGUAACCCACACAUAGUUCUCAUCUGGAAUGAGUUCCCGUUUUGAGGAUUUUUCUUAUCCUCUACUUUGCAGCUUGGCUUACUUGAUGAAUUUAUCUGUAUAGCUUUGUUGAUUAAGUUAGUCUUGGAAUCAUAGAGAAAUUUAUAGCAUACUGCAUGUGCAAUAUUGUAAUCGAGAUGUCUUUCAGAGGGAUUAAUGGGUGAUGAAGAUGUAUGCUAACGUGAGGAGUAAUCCGUUUUUGUUGCAGAAAAGGGACUGGGGUACAGUGAAGCUUGUGAACGUUGCAGUGUUAUCGAAGUUUAUUAAAUGCACACUUCAUUUUCUAGCUCCCCUUCAUGGUAUAACUGUUAUCCACAGCUACAUAAGAAUCACAGGAUUUCUAAAAGAAUUGUGUUUUUGUUCAACUGGCGCCAGUUUGUAGAUUUUGCAGAUAUACCAUUCUCUGAAAGUUGUAUUUUUAAACCAACAACAUAUCUUGUUGGACUGAUAUUGUGAUGCAACUGAAACAUGUUACUCCAUAACAAUAGUAAUAACAAAAUUUAUAUAGUGUUUUUUGAUUGUUCACAGCCUUCCACCCAUGUAUCAUGUCAGUAAUCUGGACGCAAUGCAAGGGGUUGGUUUUGACCUUUAAGGUCCUUCACGGCUUGGGACCAGGCUAGCUGAAGGACUGCCCUUUUCCACAUGUACUUACCUGGACCCUGAGAUCUUCAAACAUCCUUCUCCAAGUGCUCCCACUGAGUGAGGUGUGGCAGGUGGCUAUGGGAGAGGGAACCUACUUGGUGGGAGCACCCUAGAUGUGGGAUGUUCUACCCAGAAAGGCUCACCUGGCACCUGGUUUAUUCUCAUUUUGGCACCAGGUGAAAAUCUUUUUUUAUUUUCCCAAGCCUUUUAAAUCUCUUUUGGCAUUAAGGUGUUUUAACUCUACAGCUCAUUUCUUUAAGCUGUAUUUAUACUUCUAGUAUCUUAUUACUGAAUUUUAAAUUGAUUUCUUUCUCAAUUUAUGCCUCCCCGAGAACUUUGUUAUAGGGUGUCCUCUAAACACUGUAAAUAAACUCUUCUUUAAGGUAGGUCAGUAACGUCUCCAUAUUACAGAUUGUAGGACUUAAAUAAUAGUGUUCACCUGGUGAAUUCAUUGCUGAGAUUACAUUUGAAUUAGGGAGAGGAUGCUUCACUACACUGUCCUGAUAGUACAUUGGUGGCCUUGUUUUGUAAAUCAUGAAAACAUACAUGAAACUUUUGAAACACCAAAUGCAUAAACCAGCCAAAAUUAGAAACUUUAAAAUCUUGUUUAUGUCAGUGUUGGAAUUAGAACAUGAGUUUAAAUCUUUCAAAUUCAAAUCAGUAGGAUUUACAGGUGCUUAACUAUAAUUGUAUUGUACCCAGAGUAAUUGGUUACAGUGGUGAGGUAAUACAUCUGGAAGAAGACAGUUGUAUUAAGACAUUUUGGCAUUCUUGGCUCUUUUCCUUUUGUAGGAGAAGGAAAAACAACGGGAAGCUGAACUACAGGAGAAAAAAGAAAAAUCAGAGCAGAUGUUCAAAGAAUGGCUGCAAAAUUCCAAAACUAAGCCCCGCCAAGCAUCAGCUGGCUGUGCCUCUGCAGAUGGGAAAGAUACUGGUUUGUAUCUGUACUAGACAGACUAAUACCGUCUUCAUAACUUGUGUAGCAGGAGCAGUUUUCUGAUACUUUUACUAUUUAUUUUUGAAUAUUUUGUUUUAAAUGUUCAUCUGCUAGAAUUCCUUAGCCAUAGAUGUGGAUACAGACAGGCCACAAACAGUAGAUGUUGCCCCACAUUAAGGAAUGUGUAUAUUUGGUCCCAUUCCACACCCCAAAUAACUCAAGAUUAUAUCAUUGGAAAUCAUCUACUUUUGAAAGCAUUCAUUUUGGUCAGUAGAGUUCAGUAAAAUAUACUGGCACAUACAUUCUUGUUCUUUGCAGUGCCUAUUCUUCCAAGAAUGCUCUUCUAUUCAUAUAUUUAUUAAAUGUUUAAUCUGCCUUUAUACUGAUUAACAUCUUCCAGAGUUGAUGGCAGCCUCCUCAGUUAGAGAAGACUCCUUGCUGCAGAAGUUUAAGCUAAACUUGUGAGCAUCUGACAGAAGCCAUGCAGUGCUGAGGGGAGCAAAAAGCAGUUCCAUAGUUUCUUUGCACUCACUUUUUCUCUUCACAUGAGUAAUGACUGAAGGGGGCUAAAGAUUAUGGUUUCUGCCUGCACCUAAAACAUUGGGCCUUAUCGUCAAACCUUUCAAGGCAAAUGUAGCCACCACCUUUGAGACAGAUUCAUAAGUUUGGACCUCAGCUCAUGAUAGGCCUAUUGAAGGUUUUACCAAUGCAGAAAAUUGGCCUCUCUCAUAUCGGCCCAGAUCUAAUUUUUGUGCAGUGUAGAAGUUGUCUUUGGGUAGAUAUCCUGAGUCAAGUUAUGCAGGCUUAUGCCCUGUUGAAAUCAGUUGGCCUGACACCGUGUGCAUGACUCCAGCCUGCCUACCCACCCUUGAUCCUAUUUUCAAUAAAACACAUCCUGUUACAGCCAGAAAAGCAUAUUUGUUGUUUCUGGCCUUAUUUUUUUUUCUAGAAAAAAAUAAGCAUACUUGUCAUUUAAAUGACAUUUCUUUCAUAGUUAUUUGCCAAAUGUGUUGCACUUAUAAAAAUGUUAACCUAAACUAUUUGCUGGGAGAGGCUGCUGUUCCUUUUGAACGCUAAACAGCACACCAGACACAAAACCAGUUGCUGUUUUGCUUUGGUUUGAUUAUAGAUAGUGGUGCAUACUUCUUUCAUGCUUUGUCUUGGGACAUUGUUACAGUACUUGCAGACAGCUGCUGUCACUUGUCUAAGUAAUUUAUUAAAAAUAUUCUUCCCAGUUUUGUUCACAGUAGAGAACAUAUUCCAGACUUUGUUUUGACCACCAAUGAAAUGUAUUUACAUUUCUUUCCAGACAAAUAGGAUUGUUAUGGCAAAGGCACCACAUUCCUGCUGCCAUAAUUUAGGUAUAGCCCAUGCAGCACGCUCUCCUUCUCUGAUAAACAGUGAUAAAAAUUAGGCAAUGAUGAAAAUAAACUGACCUUUAACAUUGGCAUUUUGGGUAGCAAAUUCAGUACUCUCACACUGGUGAAUGGAAGGAAAUUGACAGAAGAGGAGUUUUGUGUCUCUUCCUGUGCCCCUGAAAUUGUCUCUGGAGGGUUGGAGUAUGACAUAGAUCGCUUGGGGAGGGAGGUCACCUAAAAUUGGGCAAUGCACCUUGCUCAAACCAAGCUCUACUCACACAUGAUGCCUCCACCCAGUUUUGUGUGACUCCCCCCUGCUCCCACUGGCAGCCUCCUGUGCCUCAUGCCACUCUGUUUAGGAAAGUUUCCUUACCCUCCAGGGAGCGAUGAGAGCAAAGUUCCCUUCCAUGAACUUUCUUAAAUUCAUGGAAUAUCAGGAUCCAAGACACUGUUCAUUAUACUGCUGAGAUCUACAGAGUGGAAGUAUAUUUGUGUAUUUAUUGUCCUGUAAAUUGCCCAGGGAUGUGUUAAAGACAUCCUUAAAGGCCAUUGUAAGGUAUCGUGAGAUCUCAGUUGAUCUUUCAGGUGAAGAAAGUUAAAUAGGAUACAAUAUAGGCCAGCUGAUCCCUUAUUUGUUACAGACUAUAAAAUUGUAUAUAAAGCAUAAGCUCUGAAAGUGAAAAUAAAUCCUGGUUCAUUGAAUGUAGGAAAGGAACUAUGCAGACUAUAACUGCUGGAAGGAUUUGUAGUCUUAGGUAGAUGGUACAUUUAAAAAACCCAAAAAACCUUUUGUGUAAAAUUUCAUUAAAGUGGCGGAGUUCUUGGGCAGAACAAUCAUAAGCUGGUGAUGGGGGAUGCUGUGCAGAGAGAGAAAUCGCUACUUCCAAAGUGCUGGCAACUUCUGCAAGCCACGGGGGGGGGGGGAGGGGGAGAUAUGGCUUAUUUAUUUAUAUCUAUUUUGCAUUUCAAUGACACUAAUGAAAGAAGAAAUAAGCCAACUCUGCAGAUAGCGUUCUUUCUCACUUUGGGUGGAGGUGUCAGGAGACAAUUGAACUUUACUCAGCUCCAAGGUCUCCCUGAUACAAUGCUGACAUCUCUCCCUGUGUCUGGUUCUGCUGUGCUUAGAGAACCACUUUCAGUAAAGCAGUAGCCGAGCUUUCCACUCCUGCACAUAGCAAAGCUCUGCCUGCACAACUCCCUCUUUGCCUGUAGAGAGGUGGAUCUACAGCAUCUUCCAGCCCCUCGGCUGCCCUCCCAUGAAGCAUAGAAUGAUCCCUGAAUCUUAACUUAGAAUGACUAACCCUGCAGUCUUGUCUACUCAGAGGCGAACCUUUCUUUGUUCAAUGGGUUUUGUUCAUAGGUAAGUGUGUAGGAUUGCACCCUAAGAAACAAUGUUUUUGCCAAUAGUUUAGAUUGAAACACUGUGCUUCUUUAAACAUUCCAGGCUAUCCAGAAGGAAGUACAUAUCCAGCUCCAGCCUUUUACAAUCCAGUCCCUUGGAAACCAGUUCAUGUGCCUCCUCCCAAGGAAGAAAAGUAUGUUUCAAUGAAGAAAAAUAAGAGGCCUAAAUCCAGUCACACAUAUAGACCUUCUAUGCCUUUUCAUAAAUCCAAAAGCAGUCUUUAUAUUGGGUCAUUGUGCAGAAUCCAGAGAUAGUUCAGGGCUCAUUAUUUUUAUUUUAACUUGGCCUUAUAGUGUAAUUUAUGAUGUAUUACUGACAACAUUUUGUGAACAGCUAUCCUUAAUCGUAGGCAAAUGUUUUUGAUUUUCUUGUUAAAAUAAGGCACGCAGGACACAGUCAGUGUCAUUUUAAUGUAUUAUGUGUGAUGCAUUGUGAGCCAUAUUUUAAACAAUAAAAAGUAAUUAUUUUCAACCUUUCCCUAAUAUUCUUCUACUUUAGGUACUGUAUUUGCAGAUGCAACUUGUAGUGCUCCUGUGCUUAACGUUGAGAUUGUUGCUUUAGAAGUUUAUAGUAAUGUCAGAGUAAGAAGGCAUAUCUUUUCUAAGAGUGAGAUUUUGGAUUUAAGCUCAUUUGGGCCUGUUAACAGCUGUGGGACUAUGUGUGCUUUAAUCUAACUGUACUUAUGUAACCAGUUUGCAGAGUGUGACGUCAAGGAACUUUCUGAUACCACUUCUGUUAAAUGAUUUGUGAAAUGCUCCCCUUUGCUCUACUAUAACCUGCUAUGGAUAAUCAAACAGUAUUUAUUUUAUGUAGCACUGUUGUAGCUUUCCAGAGUGUACUACAUUUUCUGCUCCUCUUGGCUCUCUUUUGGUGAAUUUUAAAUACUAACUACUUCUUUGUGGAUUUUUAAUAAGUAAAUAGUGAUUAAAAAAAGGUAAAGGACCCCUGACAGUUAAGUCCAGUCGCAAACAACUCUAGGGUUGCGGCACUCAUUUCGCUUUUGUAGCCAAGGGAGCCAGCGUUUGUCCGCAGACAGUUUUUCCAGGUCAUGUGGCCAGCAUGACUAAGCUGCUUCUGGCGAAACCAGAGCAGCACACGGAAACGCCGUUUACCUUCCCACUGGAGUGGUACCUAUUUAUCUACUUGCACUUUGACGUGCUUUCGAACUGCUAGGUUGGCAGGAGCUGGGACUGAGCAACAGGAGCUCACCCUGUCGCGGGGAUUCGAACCACCAACCUUCUGGUCGGCAAUCCCUAGGCUCUGUGGUUUAACCCACAGUGCCACCCACGUGUGGCUUAUUUAACAGUUUUGAAUACGUCCUCCUUAGUGCAGUGUUUUGACAAGCAUUUUUUAAAAAAAUUCUUUACUUUAAAUAUAAAAGUAAAGAUUUUUUUAAAAAAUGCUUGUCACAAUAAUAUAACAAAAACAAUUACUAGAAAAUGCAAUUAGUAUUCUUUCUGACUCUUUUUGGCUGCUAUUUCUGUAACUAUGGUGCUACCUAGCCUCCUGUAUAUUGUGAACUAUAUUCCAGUCAUAUUUAAUAUUCUUAUUCAGGCUAAACCCCUCUCCCAAGUGGCUUGUAUCUUGUUGCAUCUUUUAGAACCAUAAUCUGUUGUCUAUUAAUUAACAACAAGAGUGUCUUCCCCAAAACUUUAAAAAGUGGUUAAAACAUCUGUAGGCUUAUUUAGUUGUUACUGUACAGAUUGUUACUGCUCAUUCAAUCCUAAAUGCAGAAAAAGCAAGCCAUUUCAUCAGAAUCUGUUCUAAACAAAUAACUAGGCCCGGAGAUUUUGGGUGGAAUUCAGCAUUGUGCUGAGGAGAUCAUUGCCAGCACUAGUAUUUCAGCUUGCCAGAUGGGAACAAUCUCCUCUUGCUACAUGCACUGUUCUGGGGUUUCUCUUGACCCCCCUAAGCAGAUACGGGGAUAACACAUAUGGAUGAGAGGAUGGCAUGUCUCUUGCACUAGCAGAACUUACUGUGCUGGCUUCCACUAGCUCUACAGUUUAGUUGAAUCUGGUGCAUUAGCUCUUCUGUUCCUUUAAAUGUGAGAUGAUAAUCUGCCUGUAAUGCCUUAUUAUGCCUUUUAACACUGGGAUGGGGAACCUUAGGCCUGGGGGCUAAAUAUGACCCUUCAUGCCUCUGUCUGGUCCUCAGAUUCACCCAAGCAACUCCCCUCAUCAGCCCUGUUAUGCACCAUCAAGCACUUUUGCUUGCUAGGAGUGCGUCUUUCAACUCUCAAUGCUUCUUGCCUACCUGGUUGGAGGAUAACAAGGGAUAGGUGGGUGUAAAGAAUAGUAGCCUCCUGUACAAGGGUAAAAUUCACAUUUAUUGCUCUGUCCACUUUUGCCUCCAUCCCAUGCACCACUGGCAUUUGACUCCCAGAAGGGAAUGUAGCCAUACAUUUCUGCAAUUUUGAUCCAUUUCUUAUUUUGAUUCAUUUGUGUGUAAUAAAAGGUGGGGGGGGGGGAGAGAAAGAUUUUCCAGAAAGCAAAGUUUAUAAACAUCUAAAUCUUUUUACCAACUAGUAUAUUUUUUAUGUUUUUACAGUUGUUAUUGUAGUACUGUUUUUAUGUUGUAGUUUGCUUGUUAUUUUUUCCAUAAAUGCAAAAUUUAUAGAUCUCUAAAAGUAGAAAAACUAAAGAACUAGAAUAUUUGUAAAAUAUAGUCAGAGUAACCAUUUUAAAAACAACAGAAUAAUUUCAUGCAACUUCACAAAAUUACCUCUAUUUAAAAAACUAACCAACAAUAUAAUUCCUUUUCUCAUUUAUUUUGUAAGUAGUCAUUUCAAAGAAUAUAAAGUUUCAUAACUCAGUUACAAAUAAUAAUAAUAAUAAUAAUAAUAAUAAUAAUAAUAAUAAUAAUUUAUUAUUUGUACCCCGCCCAUCUGGCUGGGCUUCCCCAGCCACUCUGGGCAGCUUCCAAAAAAAUAUUAAAAUACUAUAAUACAUCAAACAUUAAAAGCUUCCCUAAACAAUUUGUAAUUUGCAAUUAUGAAUAUAUAAUCCGUACUAUAAGCAUCAAAAUUAAUGCUUUAAAUUUAAACAUGACUUUUUUUUACAUUUAUUAUUUCAUUUCAUUGUCUUCUGCAGUUCAUAUAGCUCUGAUUCGGCAACCCACCAAAUAAGCAGUUCACAAGUUCUAAUGCUUGUUUUCCAAGAAAGAUGAGUCAUAAAGAAUCAUUAAAUCAUAGUCCUGGGUCUACUCCAGCUUGGAGGGAGGCCUAGGCAAAAUGCCUUUUCAUAGGCGUCCCCCCUCUCAGUCAACCCUGGCAAGCUUACCUGGCAAUGGGCAGCAGUACGUACUUCAAAGUGAUCAGCAAUUAGGUCAACCUGACAUUUAAUGCUUCCAACAAAACAUUGCUUUCAGGAAUUAGUGAAAACACUUAACUAGUAUUGUUUGGGGCACCAAGUCAGAAAUCUUUUUGGAGGUGGGCGGCAAGGGGCUGGGGCUGGCAGGGCAUUUUCAAGAAGGGACCCUGAUAGAGUGCUGGGGCCCUGGCAUCUGCCCAAGAAUGCUGGGUGCUAACAUUCGCUCUGAGCAGGGAUGUGCAUUACUUUCCAUCCUUUACUCCAUUUCACUGACUUUCAAAUCACUAUUGAACUGAUAAGUCUUCCACAAAUAUCUGCAUAAGGAAUACUGUAUUUUCAAGAUCAUGGAGACAGAAGGUAACUGUUAAAAAAGUAGCCGUGUAAUCUCUUAUUUGUAUCAUGCCAGUAUUCAGAGAAAGGCUUCUGUUUGGGUAGUGUUUGGCUGCCUUUUAGGGAUUAGUUUAAUGACUGUUGAAAGCUUAUUUUUAGUAUGUAUAUUAAGCAGGGAUCAUUACACUGGUUCUCGUAGCUCAUUGUUUACCUGGUCUUUGUAAUUGCAGAGUUUCAGUCUCAACCAAAGUUCGCCUGUUUGGGAACGAUGAAGACGUGCAUCGGACAUAAGGCUGUUAGUCACUAACUCCUCUGCUUCCCACACCAUAGCAUGCAUCAAAUAAAAAGAAGGCAUAGCACAGCAUUACAGUGAGUGGUAGCAUUGAUGGGGAUGUGUAGACAUAGGCUACUGUAUAUAGAGACCUGUUCACAUUAUUUUUCUGAUAUGUAGAUUCAGUAAACACCUGGUCUUAGCCUCACGUUGCUCACUCCCCGUGGCUCAUAUGCCAUGAACAAGUCUC